AUGGAAUUAGGAGAUUCUAAACCCUUGGACGCGGACGCCAAGUCUAUCCUCUCCAUGCAAGAACUGGACCCUUCUCCUGUGGACGAUGAUGAUUCCACUCCAGAUCUAGAAGUGGGGGAAUACUUCUCUAAACCUGAAGAACCAAAGCCAUCAAGAGCUUGUGGAUUUCCAAUCCCAGGAUUAGGUCUCCGGCCGCAUCGAUGGGACUCUUUGUUAUUCGGACUCCAAAAAUACUCGACUUACCCUCCAACGGCCUUCUUCAUCUUGCAUUUCGCCAAUACCGCCCUUAUUCCCCUGAUCACGCAAUCAGUCCCAGCCAGUGAACCCUAUCUCCUGCUCACGCGACCAGUCUACCAAGCUCCCGGUCUCGAACAUCUUGUUCUUACUCUCCCUAUCCUGACUCACAUCGCCUCCGGUAUUGCCCUGCGUAAUCUUCGCUCCUCGCGACGCGCAAGACUAUAUGGUGCUGAGACUCGUGCUCAGCGAGACCGGAUCUCCUGGUGGCCUCGGAUCUCGCUCCAAGCUCGUUCUGGAUACUUGCUCGCCCCAUUGAUCGGUCUCCACGCUGUGGUUAAUCGCGUUACCCCGCUGGUAGUGGAUGGCGGUAGUUCAGGUGUGGGUCUGGGCUAUGUAGCUCAUGGUAUUGCGCGCAGUCCGGUCUUCUGGAACCUGUUCUACCUGGUCUUCGUCACUGCUAGUGUGUGGCACUUUAUUGGUGGGUGGGCGACAUGGAUGGGCUGGAGAGUUACUACUGCGCGCAAAGAGCGUAGUAGUAAGGGCUCGCUGGUGGGCUUGUUGGGUUAUUCUGAAGACCAUGAUCGCGCAAAGCGCCAACGCAAGAUGUGGUGGAUGGUCAAUGGCAUUGCGGCUGCUGGUGCCGCUCUUUGGCUUGCGGGCUCUCUUGGUAUUGUUGGUCGUGCGGGUGAAGGCUCUGGAUGGGAAGCUCAAGGAUGGAAUGAGAUGUAUAGUCAAGUGCCUGUUAUUGGGGACUGGUUAUGA